AUGGGACGGAAAGAGGACGACAGGCACGGGAAAUGGAUCUGCAACUACGACUACCGCUCGCUGGAAACAAUUGCUAAAUGGGAAACAGUUGCAAAGCCCCAGGCUUACAAUGAUUUGCAUUCACAUUGUGCUUGUUCAAUCGGCUAUUUCGCACUCAAAGGCGUCACACGCGUCAGGCGCAGCAGUAGCCGGAGGAGUCGGAGCGGUUGUCGUGACCACUCUGCAAAAAUAAGCUGGACAGACGUUCUGUUUUUGGUAUGCCUGAUACUGGUACGGCGAAGAGGCAACAGCCAAUGCGGUGGAGGCCAGGUUUUCUGCUACGCACACCAAAAAAUUGCGAUUACCGCAAGGACCUUGUGUUGUUGGUGGCGGUGGUGGUGCUACUGUUGUUGUAGAUCCUGCAGAAUAGUUUGGUUGGUAUGUCGGUUGAGACGACUGAACGCCGUAUACAGCCGGGCCAUAAGAAUUGCCGUACGACAUCGGAGGUGGCGGUGGAGGGGAGUACAGCGGGUUGUACAGACGAUCGAUUCCACUAGUUAUAAAAGGCACGUUGUAGGUUGGAUAGCGUUGACAAUUAGCCGAGAGCGUCAACAGCAGCACUUGAAACGAAAUGAGCUGGAGAAUUGAAGACACCAUCGACUGACGUUGAUUACCUUCAUUAGAGAACAUGUU